UUCACAAAAGUAUAUUUAUUUACUUACCAGACUCUGAGAAAAGGGGCAACUGAUCAUGAAAAAUCUGAAUUCCUCAAAGAGGCCUAUUUAAUGAGUCAUUUUGAUCAUUCCCAUAUAGUUAAGCUGCUGGGUGUAUGCCUACUGAAUGAGCCACAGUUCUUGCUGCUGGAGCUUAUGAAGGGAAGAGACUUGCUCAGUUAUCUCCGAGGAGCUAGAGGGUCUCAGCCCUUGCUCUGUGUGGGUGACCUUAUAGAUAUAUGUCUGGAUGUUGCAAAAGGCUGUACUUACCUUGAGAAAAUGCAUUUUGUUCACAGGGAUCUGGCUGCUAGAAACUGUUUAGUUUCCAUAAAGGAAUACAACUCCACAAAUCGCAAGGUGAAAAUAGGAGACUUUGGUCUUGCAAGAGAUAUCUAUAAGAAUGAUUACUACAGAAAGGAAGGAGAAGGGCUACUUCCUGUCAGAUGGAUGGCACCUGAGAGCUUAAUUGAUGGCAUGUUCACAAAUCAGUCCGAUGUUUGGUCUUUUGGUAUCUUAAUGUGGGAAGUAAUGACAUUAGGGCAGCAGCCUUACCCAGCUCGUACUAACCUGGAGGUGUUGCACUUCGUUCGAACAGGAGGGAGACUGGAGAAACCAAGAAAUUGUCCAGAAAAUGUUCACCAGCUGAUGCGCAAGUGUUGGACACGUGAACCCCACAAGAGGCCAUCAUUCCAAUACAUUGAAAGCUGCCUGGAAUACCUGAAAAGCAGCCCCCAAGACCGUCAGAAUGCCCUUGUGCUCUACAAUGAUGACUACAGGAAUAGUGACAUCUCCCAGGGUAUUGUCAAUCAAGCAUUUGAAGGAGAGGAGCAUGAAAAGCAGAGAAGUGAUGAUGGUGCUACUGGUAUAACACUGGCAUCGAUGGCAAAUGAAGAAGGAGAUGGACUUCAUUACGUAAUGUACCAUCACUCCCCUGAUCCUUGCUCAGAGGCUGAUGUCUUGGAAAUGAGACUGAGUAUGCUGCAAGAUGGAGCAAUCAACUAUUCUUACGUUACAACUACAGAAGAAGAGAAAUCUGCUAUAAGCAAAGCAUGCUUAGAUGAUCAGGGGGAUUAUAAUGUACAGCACAGUUUUCUUCAAAACAAAGGAUCUGCUGUGUGUGCUACACCAAAUCCAGAAAAUAAUGAUGAUCAACGAUACAGUUUGCAUAGGACUUCAAAAUGUCCCCCAGUCCUGUCACAACAUCUAGAGAGUAAAUCCAUUUCCUUCACACCUCUACCUACACCCUUUCAAAAUAGCAACAACCAACUUGGUAUAGAUGGUUUGACUGUUCCAUUCCUGAACUAUACCAGAAUGGAAUGGGAACACCCACCCUCCACACCAACAAAAGAAAAGUACAACAGUGACAUUGAUCAUGUAGGGAGCUGUCUCGUCUCUGAAGACAGUAACACAUUUAGAUGCGGUGAAAACCCAGAUGGCGGGUUUGAGUCAAUGGGAGUGGGUGGGCAAAAUACUAAUUACUUCGUAAAUAGUGAAAAGACAGAAGGUAGAAUUAUCCAAAAUAAUAUAAUCACAGCUGCUACUGACUUAGAGGAGUCAGUCUCCAAGUGAUCAAAUUAGAAACUGUUUCAUCUGAAUAUUUAACACAUAUUUUGACUACAGAAAGACCUGCUGAGUUUCUAUUUUUGCACCUUUUCUUUUGGAAGAUAUGUUAAUAUCUACCAAGAGCUGUUAGCGCAAGUCUUAAAUGUAGAAUAUUUUAAAAUGUUAUUUACAUUAGUGUUUGAGUGCAGAACUGCUGCUGCAGUCUUCAUAGGGAAGACUGCAGGUUAUGGUUGCUAAUGGGCAAUGGUUCUUUCUAGAAUAAAAAACCAAAGAACGCAGAUGCUGGAAAUCAGAAACAAAAAUAGAAAUUGUUGGAAAAAUUCAGGAGGAAGGAAAGCAAAGUUACCAUUUUGGGACCAGUGAUUCUUCUUCUGAUCUCUGAAGAACUUCAUAACAUUCUGUUAACAACAUUCUGAAGAAGGACCUGAAACAUUAACUCUGCUUUCUCUCCACAGAUGCUGCCAGACCUGCUGAAUUUUCCCAACAAUUUCUGUUUUUGUUUGUUUUUUUUCUAAAUUAGGUCAAAUUCCUUGUUCACAGUAUGCGAAUAAGUCAAAUUCUAAUCACAACACAUCUUAAAUUUGUAAAAUUAGUGAUUAUAGAUGGGGUUGGUUGAAUAUGGGUUUGUUGCAAGGCUUCUAAUAUCACAGCCAAUAGGUCUAGGUAGAACAGACAUAAUCUUAUAGAAUAAUAGGAUAGGCUUGAGGAGCCAAAUUUCCUACUCCUCCUCCUACUUCUUAGAUUAUGAUGUUCUAUUUCACUCUCGCUUUCUGUGCUUAAGAGGGGGAGGGCAUGCUCAUUUUUACCCACGCAAAAUUUUCUACAUUUUGGAUAGUAACUUUCACAUUUUAGUGGGUUUGUAACAGUUGAAUAGAAAAGUCAUUUGACUUUUAUGCAGCGAUAUUUUGAUAAGAAAUAUUCUGAAUUUUGUAAUCUAUAAAGGUAUAAUUUAUGAAGAAGUCAUUUACAAUAUGAUUUCCUGUCUGCAAAUUAAUCGUCCCCAUCCUUGUGGUGUAGAUAUAAUAUCCAACAUUGAUGUGCAGUGUUUGGCUGAAAUUGUCUAGCAUCACCUGCCACCAUGAAAUUAAGAUUUGUAGGGUAGCCCAAGCAGUCAGCAUAUGAGCCACAUACCACCUGGUCCAAAAUAGAAUGGGAGCAAUUUUUAGCAACCAGCUGCCCUAAUUAUGCUGGAAAACAGGGCAAGUUAAAAUGUGCUGUUAAAUAAACUUGCCCAUCCCUGUGCCAUCAUGUAAUCUUUAGAUCUGAAAUGGACAACUAGUGGUCCUACCUAUCAGAGCCAAAAGCCUUGUUAAAAUACUCAGAUGAAAUAUACCCAGUUGUGCAGCAAAGGCUAGCACAGAUGUCAAAACUGUGCCAACUAUUACCGGAAAUUCAUUGGCUAUUCAGAAAACAGUUUCAAAAAUUAUCUUUAAACAGCUAUAUUAUGUGGGAUCCGGAUGAAGGCUGCUCUGGGCAUCUCAAAAAACUCAAGCCCUCUCCUAGCCAGUAUCCACUCAUGUGGAAUCUUACUCCUCCUGACUCAGCCCCAUAUGGUCUCUACCCCUUCCCUUGAAUGGCAAGCUGUUGGAGUGUGCACAAGCUAGAUGAAGAUUUAUCAUGAAAAUGGUUCAGCACUUUCACAGCACUUAUCAGGCAGAAACAGCAUACAGCCCAUCCAUGCCCUUGCUUGCCAUCCUACCCCUCACUGUAAAGAACUUUUUUCUAGCAUUUUACAUCUAUGGUGUGAUUGUGCUGACUGGAAAGAAUAAAUUAAGGACCUUGGAUCAAAAGGUACCCUGCGAGAGGUGUCGAGGGGUAGUUGCAGUCUAUAGGGGAAGUGGACCUAAUGUGGUAUACAAAGUCUACCUACCCUUCUUUUGUGGAUAUUUUUGAUCAAACUGUCCAGAUGUAUUAUGACACACCUCUGGAGCAAGUGAGCCUUCAACCUGCAAACCUUCUGACUGAGAGGUAGAACACUACCACUGCACCACAAAAACACCUUUCCUAUAUUUGUAUGCUUUGGGUUUGAUUGCUGCAGAAACAAGUGUCGCAUUCUGAUCUGCAAAUGGAUUCUGAUUAGAGGGGGAGCAUUAAUUUGGGCUCUUUAGGCUUGGAGAACUUUUUUUUUACUUCUGUAAGAAUGUGAAAGAAUUUUGUAAUUUUUCUGAAGGCGGGAGUUGCUUACAAAUUACAGAACUUGUGCAAAAACAGUAACAUUUUAUAAUAUAAUUAAACACCACCUCGGUGCUUCCAUUCCACUAUAUGUUGAGAUUAUAAAUUUAAAAUAAAUUUAUCUUGGUUGUGUGGAGUGGUGGGGUGUUUGUUUGAGUUAGUUAAAUAAAUUUCAAGUGUGCAUCAGGAUGAAAGUUGGUGAAUAACUUGAUCAGGUCCUAGUGUUCAUUAUACUGAAAGGCUGCAAUGCACCUUUUUACUUCAGCUCCCUGAUCAUUAUGUGUCUCUAUUGGCUUCUGCUCGGGAGCAAACACCUGUAUGCAAAAAUAAAGAAAAAAGUUGUUUUAACAGCAUCCAAUUGACUCCAUUGAUUGGCUGUAUGUGGAUGAGGGUGAGAGAGAUGCCUUUGCACUUUGUCUGUCGAAGACAACUAAAGUCACAGGACAGA